AUGGCAAAGCUUUCCAAGGAAAACCUGCUGCUCUUGUUCACGGUGCUUGGUGUUGUGAUUGGUAUAGGAUUGGGCUACUCGCUGCGAGACCCGAGCACAGUUUGGUCAAAACGGCACCUAUCGUACCUCCGAUUUCCUGGCGAUCUGUUUGUUCAGAUGCUAAAAAUGCUCAUAUUGCCGAUGAUCAUGUCAAGUAUUAUUACGAGUUUGGCAUCUUUGGAUUCUGGAACUGCUGGUCGACUGGGAAUAGUAUCCAUGACGUACUACACUCUCACCACUUUCUCUGCUGUGUUUCUUGGUAUUUUAGUUCUCCGUACAAAAAAGUUCCACUAUGAAAUUAUAGGUAUUGUCCUUGUAACACUUAUCAAACCCGGAAAAUGGACGACGACAAACGUUGAGGAUCUUGUUGGGAACGUUAAAACUACCCCAUGCGUCGCCACCGCUGUCGACACUAUCAUUGACCUCAUGAAGAGUUGCUUCCCAGAAAACCUAAUUGAGGCCACUUUCCGGUCCCAGAAAGUUUGCCUAAAGUUUUUCAAUGGCACCCAAGAAAUCCCACCGGAAGUCGCUAUGACCAUGUCACCAGAACAACGAUCAAAGUUCACUGAAGUUCCGGAAAAGAUUGUUUCAGAUGGAAUGAACAUUCUUGGUUUGGUUGUUUUCAGUGUCGCUCUUGGUAUCGUUAUUGGAAUCAUUGGAGAGGACGGAAAACCGAUGAAGAAUUUUUUCAAAAGUUUGGAGGCAUGCAGUAUGAAACUCAUCGGAUGGGUUAUCAUGUAUUCCCCAGUCGGAAUCACGUUUUUGAUUGCUGCUCAAAUUGUUGGAAUGAAGGAUCCAGGACAGGAAUUGCAUCGGUUGAUGGGAUACGUUAUCACUGUUAUCCUGGGACUCCUUAUCCACGCUUUUGUGAUUAUCCCACUUCUCUGUGUUGUUCUCGCUCGCCGCAAUCCAAUCAAAUUCGUCGGAGGAAUGGCUCAAGCUCUGCUCACGGCUCUGGCUACAAGUUCCAGUUCGGCAACCCUUCCACUCUCCAUCAAGUGUUGCGAAGAGAACAAUAAGGUUGAUCCACGUGUCACUCGUUUUGUCUUGCCACUCGGAGCCACUAUUAACAUGGAUGGAACUGCCCUUUACGAAGCCGUCGCUGCCAUUUACAUCUCGCAAUGCGUUGGAAACGAUUUGUCGAUUGGAGAGGUCAUUCUUGUGUCAUUGACAGCCACUCUUGCCAGUAUCGGAGCUGCCGGAAUCCCACAAGCUGGAAUUGUCACAAUGAUUAUGGUUCUCAUCGCUAUCGGACUCCCAACCAACUUGUUCAUCUUGAUCUUCCCUGUUGACUUCAUGCUCGACAGACUUCGCACUACGGUUAAUGUUCACGGAGAUAGUAUUGCCACUGCUGUCAUUGAACGACUAUGCGAGGACCAGUUGCAGAAAGGUGGACAUCAUCACGACACCAAUGACCAAGGAUACUCAAUGCUUUCGACUAACGCUUCCCCUGACCCAAAACGAAUUACCAUAGGAAAUAACUGCGAAAACUCUCAUAUGUUGUAA